UUAUUAAUUGUAGGUAUAUUGAUAUUGAUUGAGUUUAAUUUUAUGUACGUUACAGUAGUUUAAAUAUUUAUACAACUUAGCAAUAAUGGGAAACACCUUUACAAUAAAUAUGGAAGAAAACUUUAGAAGAAACCAAGAAUUUAUUACCGAGAUGAAUACGAUAAAGAUCGAAAGGCAGUUACAAAUGAGGAACCAAAUGAGAGAAAGAGAAGUUGCUCUACAAAUUGCCAAAUCCCGUGAACUUUUUUUUUGGUACGGUGCCUUUUAUCUUACUAGCGUAGCUUGGGCUCUUACCAGUUAUAGGUAUAAAAGGAAACCAAUUUAUUUAGCUUCGUUAGUCCCACUGACGUUUGUAGUAGCGUACCAGGCUGAUUUAGCUUAUGGUAAUAAGUUGCAUCGUAUUAUAGUUGAAGCGGAACAUAUUUUACAAUUUGAAAACGAUCUACUUGCACUGCCUUUAGGAGUACCAACGGCUUCCUCAAUUGAUCUCAAAAGAUUGCAAAACGACGAACAGAAAAAGUUACAUCCUGUGUUGCCUGCGAUUUAAACUCGUGCACUGUUUGAUACUUAAUUGUUAUUUGAUUGUGUAGAUUAGCUCAAGCAUGAAACAGGUGGGAUGUAUACAAAAAAAUGUACGCCUUGCAGAAAUUAAAGUGGUCAUAUUUUGAUAAUGAGCGUGGGCCCCACACGGUUUUUUAGGGGUUUUGAAUAAGAAAUAAGUGUGGUCUGCUGAGAUCUCAGAAAGGGUUGCACAUUUUUCAAAAAUAUUUUUUUUUCGUGAUCAACGGAUAAAUACUAUUGGGAGAGCUUUUUUUAAUAACUUUUUCUUCGUAUAUUCAAAUUCUAGUUUAAUAUUAACAUUCCGUCAUGUGUAGUGAUGUAACUUUAAGAAAAAUGGAAAUCUUUGGGGUCACGCCCAUUUUAAUUUUGUUAUUUCACAAAUUUUCUAAAUUUUUUUAUCACAAAUAUUCACAAUGUGGGCCUAGAAGUCAUCCCCUUAAAAUCAGUGUGGGCUUUAUGCUUCAUUUUCAAAAUAUUUUUUUUUCUUGAGACAAAGGGGCGUAAGCACCAAAACUGCUGCAAGAAUGGAAAGUAAUAUAAAGAAGUCAUAAGCGAAUUUUUGGUACGUACGAUGGAUAUCGUAAUACUAAUUAUUUACCAAUAUAGGUUAUUUCAAAGAGAGACUCAGUCGUUAUCUUUUUGUCGCUUCCGCCCAUUUACAAGAUCAAUGACGAUAUGACCACUUUUUAUAAUUUUCACAAACCAUCACUGCACACGACCAAUAAUUUAAGAGUUAAAUUGCCUUUGUCUUUUAAAUGUCUCUUUCUAGAAUAUAAAUUGGAAGUUUUAAAAUAUAUUUCUUCGAUUUCCAAUAAAGUAACCGAUUGUUGUGCUGUAUAAACAUAUAAUUUGUUAUUGUUGCAAAAAUACAAACACCCAUUGAAAACCAUAAAUUGAAUAGCAGAUAGUCGUGCACUGUAGUUCAAAAUAUUUUUAGUGGAUAUAUCUACAUUUCAAUAUUUAAUACUAUAUAAAGUACUACUCGUUUAAACAAACUGUACACCUAUAAAGUGACUUAAACGUAUAUUCUCAAUAUUCUAAUGUUGUCAAUAAAAUUAUUAUAAUACUGUUUACUGUUUUUAAAAUAUAUUUACAUUCCAGUAGUAAUGUUUAGGUAUUACUAUCAUCUGUACAGGGUUAUAUUGAUAUAGUUGUAAAGUAUGUUGGUAACCACUAUGGUUUGAAUAGAGUUUUUUUUUAUUCCAGUCAAAACACGCACUUUAAUAAUUUGUAGGAAAUGUGUGACGGUUAAUAAAAUUUUAAAUUUAAAGUACGAUGGUUUCUUGGGUUGUUAUGCCUUAGCUAGAAAUCUUUGACCUGCCCUCUAAGGUCACUGCGGACAGAAGGCAUCCCGUAGGGGCCUCUGCAACAGGUCGCAUCCGAUACUUCCAAACGUUUCGCCGUUCUUCACUGUAGGCAGUUGCCAACGCUUGGAAGUAUUGGAUAUGACCCGUUACAGAUAUCACUACGAAACAUCUCUGAAGAUCAUUGCUUGAGGUGCAGUUUCAGUGGUAGCGGCUUUAGACCCAAUGAGAAACGAAAUGAACAUCAGGGCAGCGUAAGGUUUCUAAUAGUGGGUCCGCCCGCCACAGAGCCUAGCGCAAGAACAAGGACAUAACCUGAAGAACCAUCGUACUUUAAAUAUUAGCACGGGCCGUGAAAAAUUUUAAAUUGUUUUCUUGACUAUUUCUAUUAUUUACCUGGAUAUCUAACUAUUUCAUUGAGAAUCAGAUGCCCUAUACACCCAUUCUAGAUAUUUUUCGUACAUUAAUAAACUCAGAAGAGUUGUAUGUACUGUAAAAUAAAUUUUGAGGAUUUUCAAGAAAAAUUAUCCGUCUAGUUAGUUACCUACAAAUGAUUAAAUGUUUGUACUUAAUUUUGUAUUUUCAUACAUUUUUCUAAUGUGAUGUUGAUUGUGGUUACUACUUAGGUAUAAUCUUGAUUUUAUGUAUUGGUUUCUUACUGCUAUAGGAUUUCAUAUAUCUUAUUUAUGUGUAUUUACAAUUGCAAAUUAAAUAUUAGAUUCGCGAUAGUAAUUAUGCUACUGAAAAUGAUUGCAUGUGAUAUCAUAUUAAGAAUACUCGUAAUAUCCAUCCUAAAUAUUCUUAUAAAAUGUGAUUCAAAUAACUUAUCUGUAGUUACAAACAGUAUUAACGUCAUAACGAGAUAGUCUUUAUCGAGGGGGAAACCGCAGGAGUAAUUUAGUAUACAAGCCUGAGUAAUAUUUAUGUUACAUAUCUACAUCCCCCCCCCUCCCCCAGUCUCUCUCUACUAUUUGAGCAACACUUGAGUAAUUAAUUAUGAAAGCGAGUAUUUUAGUGUAGAAAUUCUGAUCAGCAGUUUCCCUCUCUGUCUUUGUUUGUAGAACUUUUCAUGAGAAUAGAUAAAUGAAUAUGUAUACUUUAUAAAAUAAAGUAGUU